AUGGCAGAACAUCAAGGUCCCUUGGAUGCUAUUCCAAAGACGAAUUACCAAUCACUAUUGACAAUAGCGAACUACUAUUCCACAAAACAAAUGAUCGAACAAGUUCUAUCAGAAGAUCAGGAUUAUGUGUCAUGGAAGUUGAAAGAAAACAGAACUGGUGGAACGAUGAAUGCAUUUCUAAAUUUUGAUAAUUAUAAUUUUGGCCCAGGUCCUGAACCUGAGCAAGUACCUGACAAUAAACUAAAUAGAGUUCCAGCAGAUUUGACAUUUGUAGAGGAUGAAUAUGAUGAAAUCAGAGACGAAGAAAUAAAAUCAAUAGAGAAAGGGAAUGAUAAUCCUGAGCAACUGAGUAAUGAUGAGCAAUUCAAAUUGUUAGUUUUAAAUUUAGAUGAGGAUCAAAGUAAUCGAUUCGAAGUAUUUCAUAGAACAUCAUUGAAUAAAGGUCAAGUUAAGAAACUAGCGACAACCGUCUGUAAUCAAACAAUUGGUGAAAAUCUACGUGUUUUUCUACAAGCUAUUGGCAAAGUGUUUGCAGGUGAAAUUAUUGAAUUAGCAUUAGAAGCAAGAAGAAAAUGGUUUAUAGGUAAGAUGGUGUGUGAAUUUGAUAGAAGAAAAGAAAUUGGUCAAAGAUUGAAAAAAUAUUUGAAAAAAUUAACAAUACUUGUCGAGAAGAAUAAUUCAAAUACAAAUGAUAAUAAUAAUAACCUAGAAUUCAAUGUAAAUGAAUUAUUUGAAAAUGAUAGUGUCGAAGAGAAUGAAAGCGAUUCAUAUUAUGAUGACGAAGAAGCUGAAAUGAAAGAGGUACAAAUGGGGAAUAAACUAUUAAAGAGUGAAAAGAAUACACAGGAAAUUAGAAGUGGUUUGAUAACGCGAUACAAUAAACUUGUUAAAGCAUUCAAUUCUUUAGAUAUAAGUUUCGAAAAAUAUCAAAAUAGUCCUUUACUUCCUGAACACGUAAGGCAAGCAUCGCGAUUAUACCAUCUGCAAAAGGAAGGCGUUAUAACCAAUGCAUGGAGAGGUCAAGGGGAAGCUAGUGGCACAAUGUUCAGAUAG